AUGGCCAUUGCCACCAAGAUAGGCAUCUACACUGAGGGCAGACACGGUGUGCUGUCGGGCAGUCAGAUGGAGCAGAUGAGUGGCGCUGAGUUGGAGAAUGCCGUCGUGUCUACGCGCGUGUUCUACCGCACGUCACCCAGACACAAACUCAAAAUUAUCAACGCCUUCCAGGCCAGAGGGCACGUCGUGGCCAUGACAGGCGACGGCGUGAACGACGCACCCGCCAUGAAGCAGGCAGACAUCGGUGUGGCCAUGGGCACCACAGGCACUGACGUGUGCAAGGAAGCAGCUGACAUGAUCCUGAUUGACGACGACUUCUCGACCAUCCUCAGCGCCAUCGAGGAGGGCAAGAGCAUCUUCUUCAAUAUCCGCAACUUCGUCCGUUUUCAACUGAGCUCGUCAGCUGCAGCCAUGGGCACUGUCGGUAUUGCUAAUUUGUUAGGCUACCCUAGUCCGCUGAAUGCCAUGCAAAUACUCUGGAUCAACAUUAUCAUGGACGGCCCACCGGCACAGAGUUUGGGCGUAGAGCCCGUCGACCAAGAUGUCAUGAAACGCCCCCCACGCGCACUCAGUGAACCAAUCAUCACACGGUCACUGCUGGAGAACGUUGUGCUGAGUGCCGUCUUCAUCAUUGCGGGGUCGUUGUACGUCUUCACGCACGAGAUGGGCGAUGUAAAAGUGAGCGCCAGGACGACUACAAUGUCAUUUACGACGUUUGUGAUGUUCGAUAUGUUCAACGCCAUGUGCUGUCGCUCGGCUGACAAGUCAAUAUUCAGGAUUGGAUUCUUCACCAAUGUCCCACUGUGUUGGGCGGUGGGUGGAUCUAUCGUAGGGCAACUGCUGGUCAUAUACUUCCCUCCUCUGCAGAGUGUGUUCCAGUGUGAAGCGUUAGAGCUGUCAGAUGUGGUGUUCAUUGUGAUACUGUCGUCGUCUGUUUUCUGGGCGGAUGAGCUACGCAAAAUGUUCUAUGGACGCGGGCCAUCACAUACCCAUAGUCGAUAA